AUGAUCCACGAAUGGUUGAAGCAGUCAUGGCCUCAGGUUAAGAUUGACCUUCACAUUGUCCUUGCUCUGACCAGCAGCACAGCUGCAGCUUUCAUGGCAUUCAAAUGGAUGGGCCAGAAUAGGAUCAAAAAACAAAUACAAGAGGCAAGAAGGAAGAGAGACCAUGGCUUGGGUCAAAUGGAAAAAGUUGUUCAGGAGUUUAAACAGCAGGUAUACAUCUCUUGGAUAUGUGUGUGAUAUUCCCACCGUAGACUUCUGUUAUAGUGACAUAGGUUGGAAUAAUUGUUUGACAAAGAAAAGAAUUUCAGUGAACAAUCACAUUUUUAGUAUGAUCAGAUUUUGAUUGUUGUCAUCUGGGAACAACUAAAAUAGAAAGCCUGGUAAAUGUUUGACAUUAACAAAACUCUACAGAAGGAGUGGGCAACUCUUAUUAGCCCAAAGACUUCAUUCCCUAGAGCAGUGUUUCUCAACUGGGGGGAGGGGAUAUGGCCCCUUGGGACCCCCCAGCAGGGCCGGAUUUAAGUUUGAUGAGGCCCAUAGCUACUGGUCCAGCUGUCCUUUGUCAACAACAAAUUGUCAGUGUUUUUUGUGUUGAAUAUAUACUAUACAGUGGUACCUUGGGUUACAUACGCUUCAGGUUACAGACUCCGCUAACCCAGAAAUAGUGCUUCAGGGUAAGAACUUUGCUUCAGGAUGAGAACAGAAAUCGUGCUCCGGUGGCGCGGCAGCAGCAGGAGGCCCCAUUAGCUAAAGUGGUGCUUCAGGUUAAGAACAGUUUCAGGUUAAGUACGGACCUCCGGAACGAAUUAAGUACUUAACCCGAGGUACCACUGUGUUGUAAUUUAUGGACCUAAUAGGUAUCUAAAGCCAUUUGCACAUGUUGCCAUGCAACCAGUCCAUGCAGAACGUAGGCACCCUAUAUAUAGAAAUGAGCAAACCAGUGAUAUUUUGGCGAGCAGGCGGGGCCCAUUACUUACAUCAUAGGAGCCUACACAACAUAAAACACUGUUGCUAUAUGUAGGUUGUAUUUUAUUUGUUUUUAAUGUUAUAUUUUUGAAAUGUACAUCUGGUUUUUUCCCCUUAAUUUUUUUUUGGGGACCCUCCAAGAGAGUGGGGCCCUAAGCUAUAGCUUGUUUAGCUUAUACAUAAAUCUGGCACUGCCCCCCAGGACAUUCCAAGGGGGCCACAGGUGAAAUUAUAUGUUAUAUAAUUAUAAAAAGUAUAAAUAAAACAUGUUCUGUUUACAAACAAAAUAGCUACCUUUCUACUAGUAGGACAGGGGAGGAAAGAAAUAAGGUUGGAAGGGGGCCACGGUCAGAAAAAGGUUGAGAAACACUGCCCUAGAGGGCAACCUUCCAGAGACAACAUGCCCAAGAUAGGCUGGGAGAAGCAGUUGGGGAGCAGACAAAGAAAGGGAUAUGAUUCCUGCCUUUUUUACAGUAGGUUGCACUCCAGCUAUGCAAAACAUCAAAAGUGGGUAUACCCCACUCCCCCGACAUCUCUCCAGUCUUUAUCCAGGCAUGCAUGCAGAAGUCAUUGUCAAAGUUCAAGCACAGAUGAGUGCCAUGCAAGAGCACUUGAGGAGACUGCUGCUCAGUGCCAGUGAGGGGUGUGGCCUUGGGAGAGGGGUGUGGCCUAAGGAGGAGGUGAGUUCUGAGGGCUGGAUAGAGAGGCCCCAGGGCUCAGCUCCCUAUCCCCUCUUCACAUAGUCCAUGAGAAUUGCCAUGCGGUAUGCUGUCUCCACAGAAUCCUGGGGUACAAGCCGCUCAUGUCCUUUCUCUGCCUCUGGCAGAGCUAGUGGAGAAGCUGAAAGAAGGGUCCUUGUCUCCAGAAAGUGUCCUUUACACUUACAUGGAAAAGGUGAGAAGAAUGAUACGUUGUGUUCUUCACCAUCUUGAUACUUUUAAAAUGUAUUUGGCUGUAUAGAAAUAUUUUCAGAUAAAUCAAUAUAUAGUUUAUUUAAUAGGUCCCUCUAGGACAAAAAUGCCCAUAUUCACAGUAGCCAAAAUAUUUGGACAUAACCCUGCACUAUGCAAUCAGAAUUAUUUCAGUAAAUUUGCACAAACCUGUUUUUCCUAAUUUAGUUGAAAUUCCCAACACCACGUCUUACAAUUAGGAAUACUUGUUUAGGUCUUGGGCUCUUGGGUGUCUCAGUCUGCACUUUCAGGUCUAAAGCAUAGUUUUGCCAGAUCAUGAUCACUUACUCUCUCUCUCUCGCUGGAUUUCCCACAGUUAAGAUCCAUUACUCUUCAGUAAGUUGGGGGUUGUGGGAGCAACAAGCGUAUGAUCAGGGCCAGUCCAAGACAGUUUGGUGCCUGAGGUUGAGGAAAGAAUGGCACUUUCCUCUUCCCUCUCAAAUUCCAUAUACAGAAGCUAACUGGACCUUAGCUACUCAUGGGACAGCUUUCUCCACUAUUCCUAAAGGCUGCAAGGUAGCUUAGAGUGGAUGAGGCAGGCCACAUGACAUACCCAGCUCUGUUUUGAAUCCUUGGUGUCACUCCCCACCUUCUGUCAUCUGCUGUCCAAGGCUGCUGCCUCACUCUGCCUAAUGGUAGAGUUGGUCCUGUGUAGGAUUCAGUAUUUUAAUAUUAAUAGUGGUAAUCUGUUGUUGGAUACAUUCUUGUAGAAUCAGAGUAUGCAGUAGCUCAUUUGUAAGAAUCUAUUGCUUCUUCCAGGCUGGUAAGCUUUUGUGUGGCGACAGGCACACUACGUCCCCAGCCCCGCCAAAGGUAUCUUGGUUGGAAUGUCUGGCUUCCCCUGCACUCCUAGUUUUGCUUAGGGCUGAUGUAGCAGAGAAGUUCAUUUGGAUUUUGAUAUCUGCAGAAUGCAAAACACUGUAUCAAAGGGACACAUAUCUAUUACUAAUUCAUUCUCCACCUUGUUUCCCUUGCUUUUCACUGAAAAGGCUUUGGCAGUUCACCAGGAGGUGAACUGCAUGCGCCAUUUUAUUCCAGAAUGUGAGCAACAUCUCCAGGAGCUGAAGAAACAGAAGGAAAGGGGCUUGCUGUAUGGUGUGCCUGUCAGUAUCAAGGAUCACAUUGCAUAUAAGGUGAUUCCAUUUCUCUGAGUCACAAUGGUUAUCUAGAGUUGGGUGCAGAUGGACCAAAGUAGGACUACUAAACGCCUAGGGCAGCAAAUCUGGGAUUCAUAUAAGAAAGCUUUGUAAGAUUAUGGUUAGAACUUCAAAACAGAGUACAACAAAAAACUGUUGACCUUUCAGCUAUUUGAUAUUACAGCGUAUACUGAGAUGGCAGUGCAAAGUGUGCUAUUAUUAAGAAUGCUUUCAAUUUGCACAGAAUUCUUUGUUAGAAUACCUAGCAGAAAAUGCCCGUAAGCAGGGUAUGAUGUUGGAUAGUUAUCAAAAUACAGUUCAGAGUUUUGUUUUAGAACUGUUUCUCUAAUAGUUUGAAAAACAGCCACAACCACCCAGGCAUUUAACAACUCCUUUGCUUCUAGGGUCAUUUAUCAACAUGUGGCCUUGUCCAGUCACUUGGUGCCUUGGCAGAAGAGGACAGUGUGCUGGUUGAGGUGUUAAAAAGACAGGGAGCAAAUCCAUUUGUAAUCACCAAUGUCCCGCAAUCCUUAUUGAAGUAAGUUGCGUAUGCUUUUUUGUGUACUGGUGCAAGUCAACCUUGUGUACUGAAUCAAUUCACUCUGACUUUUUAACAAAAUGAAAUCAUACAUGUAAAAGUUUUGCAUUGACUCAAAAUGUCAGAUCCUGAGGCACAUUAUUCACCACCAGUGAUGGGUAUAAGAUAGCUUGAUAUGCACCAUGUGAACACUGUGGGCACACAGGUUGGCCGUUCAAUUCCCUCCAAGAGUGAUGGAACAUCAUUAACUCCCAUUGUUCCCUAGAAAGUCCCACAGUGCUGCCUGCUCUGGGUGGCGAGCAGCUGGAAGACUUCUGGAAAUGGUAGUUUUUAAAGGAGAAGGAGAAGAUUAGCAAGACUGGACAAUGCCAAUGAUUUGGUUUUGGCCACCAGGUGUAACGUGACCAUCUUUCCAGAUGGCAAAGCUGUGUUUGUUUUGUUCCUCCAGGAGUUUGCAGUCAUCUUUGGCACAAAAAAUGUAGAUAGUAACAAUGUUUGGGGUUUUUUAAACUGGGUUGUUGUUUUUGUUUUGAUUUUAUGUGUUUGUUAUUUUAUGUGAACUGCCCUGAGACCUUCAGGUAUAGGGCAGUAUAGAAAUUAAAUAAAUAAAUUGAUGAUGGUGAUGAUGUUGUAAAACAGGCACAAGCCUUUGGCUCUGUAUCUAGCAUAGGUGAGAGGGAUGUGGGUUGAAGGAUCUUAAGAUGCAGCAGGGCAACAGACAUAUUCAGAUGAAGCUGCACUGAGUGCUAAUCAGGUAUCAGGUUGCACUGAGGCCUCUAGGGAAGAAAGACACAUGGGUUGCAUUUAACUAACUUUUACUCAGAGUAGACCCAUUGAGGUUAAUGACCAUGACUAAUUUAGGUUCCUUAAUUUCCAUGUGUCUCCUCUUCUCAGUAAAAGUUAGUUGAAUACAACCUAUAAUGGCAAUUCCACUAUCUUUACAAAUACAGAAGUCUGCCGUUAUUUGGAUCUGUCAACCAUUCUAGUACCUGGGUAACAGCCCUGAUAGCCUAUUUUGAAAUGUAGCUCUACAAAGGAAUGCAUUCUUUGAAAUUCCAGGCUAAAUUAGUAUUAUGAGUAUUUUUGCUCUUUCAAAUAUGGUCAGUACCACAGUUCUGUUGCUUGGGCAUUAAAAACAUAGGUAUAUCCUAUUUUGCCAUUUGAGGCUUCUGAGGCUUAAGGUGAGUGCCUCACCCUGCCUCAUCAGUGGGCCAGGCCUGCCUAAACUUGUGCCAAGAUAUAGCUGCUUGUACCUGGCCUCUGUUUUCAGCCCAUUAUAGUCUGGUUGAUGGCACAUGUCCAAUACAGGGUGUUAGUAUUUUGUAUGCUACUUAUCUGCAGUUCCAUUGUGAGCUCAACAGACAUUUAUUUUUAGCAAGUGCAUUGAUUGCCUUCUAACAAACAAAUGGGUAACUGCUGUAUUUCUACCGUCCUGUAGCUAUGACUGCAGCAACUCUAUUUUUGGCCAGACAGUGAAUCCUCGUGAUCAUAAGAGAGGCCCUGGUGGAUCAUCUGGAGGAGAAGGUGCCCUAAUAGCUGCAGGAGGGUCCAUCCUGGGAUUUGGAUCAGAUUUGGGUGGAAGUAUCCGUCUACCCUCCAGCUUCUGUGGUCUUUGUGGGCUGAAGCCAACAGCAGGCAGGCUGAGGUAUGUACUGAAAAUAUCACCUACUGUGCAAAUGAAUGGCAUUUGUUGCUAUGAAGCAUGAAAAUUCUCUCUCAUAAUAUAAAUAUUGGAGACCUCAUUGGGAAAGAUGAUGAAUGACUUCCUGAGUAGCUCUCGAACUUCUUAGGGGAGUGAUCUGCUUGAUGGCACAGUUUAAAAAUCAUGGUAAACCAUAGUUAAUAUUUACUGUGAACUUGAAGAUGGCUCAAGAGUUGGUGGAGCUGGACCAUGGUGAACCUUUCUUGGGCAGUUGCAGUGAUCUUUUGAUUAUGUGGUGCAGUCUUAAUUGUAGAUAUGAUCUGUGUUGCAAGAUUGACAUGGAAAGUUUUUGAGAUUGCAAGAUCCUUGCAUCUCUCAGACCCCCAUCUAAAUGCAAAGCCUUUUCUGGCUACAGAACUCAAAGAUCAUAAUCUCUGUUCUCAUCCUGGUGCUCUGAGGGUCUAAGCAAAUUGGCAUGUGCAGCCUUAUCUCCCAAGGAAUGUGGAUUUCCUUUAAUCUAAUGUUAAACAAUCUCUUCUUUAUCACUAUUAGACAUUGGAACUUGCUUUUCCUGAUUCUGGUAACCUUGCAGAACCAUCUUUCCAAAACGUCACUCAUCCUUCUCCCAUUCCCACAAAUUAUAUUGAUUACAUUAAACAAUAGCAGGACUAACAGUAUACAUGGCUAUAUUAACAAAUUCUUUAGACUGUUUGCAACAUAAUAUCUAACUUAAUAAGGUGUGUUAUGUCCAAACUGGGGGUUAUAGGAUUUUUCCUUCCAAACAAACUUUGAUGUUAAGCUAAGGUGUGUUUUGGCUUACCUGUUGUGGUUUGUGUAAGCAAAACACAUAAUUAUCGCUGAUUCGGAUGCCAUGCUAAGCCAGGAAUCCUGGUUAAGCAUGGUUUAAAGCCAUAAAAUUACUCCCAUUUCCAUCUGGUGUGGUUUUAGCAUAGCAAAUGCAUGUGAAUAUUAUGCUGAUUGCAAUACUCAUCAGACAUGCCAGCCUCUCUCAAAUCCCAUAAAUCCUUUCCCUUUUAAAAAUAUUUAUUGUGCAUAGUUAAGCUUAUAGUAUAAUUGUUGUUGUUGUUCAUUAUUAUUAAUCACCUUACACACAAGCAUCUCAAGGUGAUGCACAAUUAAAAAAAGCUUAAAACCAGUUAAAAGUGCAACAACAACAACAACCCAGCAGAUAUAUUUAAAAACUAAACACACACCCACGGUAGCACCCCAUUUAUGCAGCUGGGGAAGCUCGGCAAAUGGACAUUGAUUUCGCCUUUCUGAGUGUGAACUAAUUGACUCAGCAGCCUACAUAAAGACAAUUUUCCAUUAUUUGCAUAAAUUUGCUGCUAAUAAAACUGCUUCUGAUAAAUUAUUGUGUAUAUCCAUUCUUUCGGAAGGAAGGGCAAGAUAUAAAUUCAAUUAAUAAUUGGGGAAAUCUAUCUGAUUCAGUGAUAGUGAACUGAUUUCAUUUUUUUCCCAUUGAAGAGGUUAGGUUCUGUUUCAUUAUUAUUCUUGUAUCUUUCUUGUCACAACUAACCACAGAAUAAAACCUCGGAUGGUUUCAUUAGGUCAUGAGAGUUAUUUAUAGUCCAAAACAUCUGGAAGGCACAAGCAUGGGGAAAGUUGGUUUAUGGCAUUGCUUUCACGUCUGGUAAAUAGCACCUUUGGGGCAAAUAGCUGGGGGCAAUUUUCGACAGGAAACCAAGGCAGGGCCUUGAUAUGGCUUAGGGCUCCACAAAUGCUUUUCUUUCAACAAAAGUAGCCAUUGAACAUAAGUAGCAUGCAUUGAAAAUAAUGUGUUGUUUGGGUGGCCAUCCUCCAAGAAGCUGGCAGUAGUUCUGGUGGCAGCAGAAUUGUCCAUGUAUCAGAUUUACUUUUUUACCAGCUGCAUGUUCUGACAUUUCUCUGUUCUACAGCAAUUUAGGAGUAAGGGGCCCCAUUGAUGGAAUACUCACAGGUAAAGGACCUCUUCCUUUUCUAUCCAAAUUCAGAAAGGUCUGAAGGAUCACUUUUGAUUGAAUGCAAAAAGUGCAUGUAUGUGCUGUGGCAGAAUGAUUAUUGGGUGGCUGCGGUGAUUGAAUGUGUAAUUGAAAGACACCUUUCAACCACAUUGGUGGGGUGAGGAUAUGAUCUCCACAAAGUGAUGAAUGUUGGGUAAAAUUUAAACAAUGUCUGGCCCAGGUAUCAUUCCAGUUUGAAACUUAUAUUGUUUUUGACUAGCAAGUUAAAAGCGGAACCUGCUCCCACUUUCUCUCCCCACCAUACUUUAGUUGGGUUCUUCACCCAUUUAUUUGGUGCAGUUGUAUGUUCACUCAUUCAUUCACCCUUUGCCUUUAAAAAAUGCAAACUUUACAAAAAAAUGUUUAGGGAUUAAAAUGCACUUCUGUCAUUCUGUUAGAUGGCCAUCAUUCCAUAUCUGACAACCCCAUAUCCUAUGGGUUGUGCAUGAUGUGCAACCAUGUUCACCUUCUCUUGUCAAUUGAAGUUCCAGGAACAGUGGGCCCAAUGGCAAGGGAUGUGGAAAGUCUAGCUCUGUGCAUGAAGGCUCUCUUAUGUGAUGACAUGUUCCAGCUGGACCCCUUUGUUCCGCCUGUGUUUUUCAAUGAAGAGGUACAUAAAAGAUUACAUUGUGAAUUGUUCAGUGUCUGGGAAUGUUUUGGGUGAUAUUUUAAAGAACCCCAUUGCUCCUGUAGCUGUAAACACUGCUCCUGAAUUUGGUAGCCAUUGCCAGAGUCAUUGCAGAGAGUGCCUUGGUAGCAACCCAUGUUGCCUUAGGAACUGUCUCCCCCUUUCCCUACUAUUAAUUUUACUCAUUCUACAUUAACUUGAUUCCCCGCUUUGCUCUUUUGCUCCAAAACUUCUCCAUACACUGAAAGUAAACAGCUCCGUAAUAUAGCAUUAUUAUCCUGCUCUUUCAUACAUUGAACAAAUAAUGGAGCUUUGCCCAUGAGUGUUAAGCAAGCCCAGGCAAUUUUAUAUAACAACUUUCAAUUUAAAGGAUAUGCUCUGCUUUAAAUUUCAGUUCCUGAUAACACUUAAGGGUUUGGUUUUUGUGUCCUUGAACUCUGAGAAUACUUACUGCUUGUUGGGAUAAAGCAUAGAGAGAGGUGUGUGAGUGUUUGUAGAAACUACUCUGCUGCGUACAGACAUUGUUGUUCACAUUAGUUGCUCCUCCCACUUUUGACUCUGGCUCUGUACACCAUUGGUAUGUGGCCCUCAGAAGAUUUCCCAGAAGGAAAUGUGACAUUAGGAUGAAAAGGGUUCCCCAUCCCUGGGCUGAAAAAUGGUGAGUAGCCCAUGAUAACCCAAUAAGUUUCAUGGCUUCAUGACUAUUCUGAAUCUCCCCAAUCCCAAACCAACACUCUACUCUAGUGCUCUAGUUUAACUGUUUAUGCGACUGCUGGUUUUGGUAGCAGCUGUGUAAUCUUUGAGAUAUCUAGUUCAAUGCACAGUAUGAAAGCAAUUCUGAUUUCCACAAAUUGAUUCCAAAUCUAGCCAUCCAUUGAUGAUAUUACCCGAAGGUUCUCUCUCUUCUCUCCUAGGUAUACUCUAGUUCCAUGCCACUUCGGAUUGGCUAUUAUGACACUGAUGGCUAUUUUUUGCUCCCUCCCUGUAUGAGGCGGGCUGUGCAUGAAACCAAGAAGCUUCUCCAAGAAGCCGGCCAUACGGUGUGUACCUUUGGGACUGUUGCCCUUUGCAUUUAUCUAUGUAGCCAAGUAGAAAGAAAGUUAAUUGCAAGACGGUUGGCUCUACUUACACAGCACAUUCAGUCCAGUUCUGGGAGCAGUCUAUAAAUGGCUGUUGUUAAGCGCUGAGGACAGAAUACUCAGCCUGCAGAAUACAGUUUUAUUGGAAGUUGGUACUUUGGAAAAAUCUAAAAAAGGUCUUUGUCAGCUUCACUGUGCCUUCCAUUUUGGGGUAAAUUGCCGUUUUAGAGGUAAUUAAUUCCCUUCUGGCUCUCUACAGUACAAGCCCUAACUGCACACAUACUUGGAUAGCUAAUUGAGAAAGAAAGACCAAAAGAAAUAAAAGACAUUUAAUGUAAUUGCAUUGUCACCCUAAGGUCAGGGGAAGGAAGGAAUUCAGUGUGCAUUUAUUUAUAGGUGGACUUAGCUAAUUCUGUAGCAAUACAUGAACAGAAACACAGCCAUCCUUGAAAUUCGCACUUCUCUGAAUCUUGCAGUGCAGUCCUCCAACCAAGUCAUCAUCCUGUUCUCACAGGGCCUAACCAGUUGCUUAUAGGAAGCCCACAUGCAGGAUCCAAGCACAAGAACACCCUCCCCACUUGCAACUCCCAGAAACCAGUAUUCAGAAGCACACUGCCUCGACAGUGGAGGGAGAACAUAGGGAAUUCAUGGCUGGUUGCCAUUCAUAGCCUUAUUAUCCAUGAAUUUGUCUAAUCCAAGAUGGUGGCCAACACUGCCUCCUGUGGAAGAUAAUUCCAUAGUUUAAAAUGCCCUGUGCGAAUAAGUACUUUCAUUUGUCCUUCCUGACUCUUCCAACAUUCAGCUUCAUUGGACACGCAUUGGGUUCUAGAUUUAGGAGAGAGGAAGAAACACUUUUCUCUACCACUUUCUUCACACCAUACAUAGUCUUCUACUGCUCUAUCAUGCUCCACCCUUAGUGGCAGGGGAAGGUGGUGGAGGUGGACUGCAUACUACGAAUUUGGCUCAUAGGCUCCUGUAUCUUGUAUGUCUUGGGAAGGAAAAAUGUUCUGUGCGUGUGUCUGCAUUCUGAGCAGACAAACAGCAGAUGGGGAAAGAAUUAAUCUUGACCUCUGUCUGGAGCAGAAAGUUGGGAUGUGCUUGUGAAAGAAGACUUUGAGUCAAUGAAUUGGCACCUGAUACUUACUCAAUGACCAACCCUUUUUUUGCAGCUCGUUCCCUUCACCCCACCUUCAGUGGACUAUGCCAUAGAUGAACUUUAUAUCAAAGGCCUUUUUGCUGAUGGAGGCUCAACUCUGUUUGCUAUGUUGUAAGUAACCGUGACUCUUAAAAGGCACUACAAGAGAAGAGCAAAGAGGAGGACAAGAACCCUAAUCAAAUAAUGCUGUCCAAGUAUUCAAAGCAUGGCUGGUUCAAGACAUUUUGCUGCCUGAGGGUGGAGCAGCCAACGAUGUCACUUCCUGCCACAUAGUACAUCUCAACCUUCAGAGUCAAACUCUAAAGGAGUCAAAUUAGUUCACUGUUCAACAGUACUGUGGAAAGGGACUUGUCAAUUAAUACUGCAUUCUUAGCAUGGGAAACUUCCUUGAGAUAUCCUAUCAGAUUAAAGGGUCAUCGAGCCCAGCAUUCUGUUUUCACAGGAACCGGCCAAAUGCCUCUGGGUAGCCCAAAUGAAGAACAUGAGGGUGAUAUCCCACUUCCACUGUUCCUCAGCAUGUUGUAUUUUGUCUCUGAAUGUGGAAGUUGCAUUUAACCAUCUGGACUAGUAGCAACUUGAUAGUCCAGUCCUCCAUGAAUCUGUCUAACCCCCCUUUAAAGCCAUCUAACUGAAUGGCUACAGUCACCACAUCCCAGAAGAGCAAAUUUUGUAUGUUAAUCAAAGAGCUAUCUGACUUUUAGAAGACAUCUGAAGGCAGCCCUGUUUAAGGAAGUUUUUAAUGUUUGUUAAAAACACGAUAAAGCAUCAUUCUGUUGGGAGACGUCCAGAGUGGGCAGGGUAUGAAUAUAUUAUUAUUAUUAUUAUUAUUAUUAUUAUUAUUAUUAUUAUCAUCAUUAUCAUUUUCAUCAUCAUCAUGCUGCAGUACAUUUUUGUGAGAAAUCAAUGUUUUCUGUGUAAAAGAGGACUGGAUUGCCCUAUCUCACCUUCUUCCUCUGUUGCCUUCCAGUGAAAGAGAUAUAGUUGACCCAUGCUUGAAACCCCAAGUGGCUCAUCUUAGAAUCCCAAAAUUGGUGAGGAAAGUUUUGGCCAAGUUUGUCAAACCCUGGGUGAGUCUUGGACCUCUUUAGGUUUCAUUUAUAUUACUAAUCUCGUGCUGCUGCUGCUGCUGCUGCUGCUCCAGAGAGAAGUUUAAGAACAACAUUUUUGAACAAUAUUCCUAUUAUAAAAUGUUGUGUGUAAAAUGAGAAAUGAGCUACAAUGGGUGUGUCAUUUAUGUGCAUUUCUUCCACUAGAGGUACCACAGAAACUAUUUAGAGUUGAUGUAUUCUGAGAUAUUGUAGGGCCCGACCAUUUUACUUAGAUUGGGAGUGGGAAAACUUUAGCCCACCAGUUGUUGCUGACCUACAAUUCCCAUCACCCUUAGUAACCAUGGUCAAUAGCUAGGAAUGAUGGGAGUUGUGGUUCAGCAACAUCUGGAGGGCCAAAGGCCUGGUUUAGGCGGUUAUUCACUUUUAGGUGGUUAUUUCCUUUUGUAAAUAAAUUUUGUAUUAAUAAUUAAAUUAUUAUUAAAAAUAACUAAUUAUUUUCUUCCAUUAUUAUCUGGAACAAUCACCGUGCCAACUCUUAUCACUGUAGUUCAGGACAUGGUGGUAUUGAGGGGUGGGAAAUAUUGUAAAACUAGAGGGACAGAGGUUCUGAUGGUAGGCACAAGUAAAGAAAGAUAGCAGAUUUGUCAAUCUAAUACACAGGAUGAAUGAAGAAUUUAGCAGCUGGGACAGAAACAAGAAUAGCAGAUCUACCAAGUAACUGGCUGUUAAGACUCUGUUCCAACUGCAGUUUUGAAAUGAAGGGAAGUCCAGGUGGACACUUGGUUUGUUCAUCCCAGGCCAGAUACCGCUAGUUCUAUCCUCCAUCAUGCUUAGUUUAGGAGGUGGUAGACCUGCUGUUGGAGCCAGAUAGCCUAUAGAAAUCUGUAGCGCUGGUAGACGGGACUGCAAUGGCCCAUGAGCAAGAGUAACCUCUGGCUAGUAUAUUUGCAUAUAGUAAAGUUGAUCCAGAAAGAAAGAUUUAUACUGUCAUCAGUUUCCAAGAUUAGAGAUAUUACUUUUGGGAUCCCCCCCCAACAAAUAUAUAUAUAUAUAUAUAUAUAUAUAUAUAUAUAUAUAUAUAAUUGGGGGGAAAUCUACUAGUCCUAAUGGAUCCAGUUUUGUUUACAUUCUAGUUUCCAAGACUGGCCAGCCAUCUCAAUGCACUGUGUGGAGUAAGGUAAGAGGUGCAAUAGAUUCUGACAAACAUACAUAAAUGAGGCCUGCACAAGAUGUAAGGGAUGGUGCCUUACAUAAGAUGGGGUGUGUGGAGGUUGAUUUCGCCAACCUCCUUCUGAGCUAGAUUUCCUGCUGCUGUAGUUAACUCAAAGUCUUAUCAAUAUUGUUCAACCUUGAGCUAGUAUGACUUCUGAUUCAGAUAACACUGUGAAAAUCAGGAACCCUGUGGAGCUGGAUGUGAGGUCUGAAAAUAAAAGGCAGUCGUUAUGUUAAAUAGAACUUUGAUGCUCUAGAAUGUGGGAUAAUGAUAAUCUGUACAAUAAGGAUGUCUUGGUCAGCCUCAAACUUGUCUUGUCUUAGGUACUUAUGAUCUUGCUCAUGUUUAUGAUCUUGCAGUGACAGUCUUCUGUCAUUUUAAUAUUAUCAGCUGUUUAUUAUGUCUUGCAUGUUUCAGGUCUGUGAAUUGCCUGUGGGAGCUGAAUGACAAAGUGAUGGUAACAUUUUUUGUGUGUGGUGCUGGUGGGAGGACAAAUAAAAAGCAAAGCUUAAUCUGGGCUGAGAAAUCAGUUUUAAUACAGAAACUGUGCUAUAUGAAUUUCACUCCAAGGGUUGCAACCAGUUUUAAGAGUAGUGCCCAUAUCUCUGUGAAUAUAUUAUUGCAUGCCUCCCCCAUCUUAAUGCAGUUCAAGAUUCCAGGGGCUCCAGGUGUGCUUACCCAUUCCUUUAGGAAUGCGGCACAGUGGAGAAGGGGGUGUCUUUAUGAUAUACGGUUUAGUUUCACAUAUAUACAACUCGAGCCUACAGUGGAGGGUUCACAGCACUAACACCCCAAAGGGCCUCUCAUAGCUGCAGCCUUGGAUUCAAACAGAAAUCAGCCUUCAGCUUGCUGCCUUUUCCAGCCUGCAACCUUUCUUCCCCUAGGUCACAUCAUAGCCAACCCUAAAGCUCUACUUCAGACACUGGCUUUGUCUUCUGACACUGAGUUGAGGAAGGGGUCCCACUCAUUUGCCACCUGGCAAGCUGGUCCUCUCAAUCCUCCAGAGAAGUCGGCACCUCUGUGUUCUCCUUAUAUGUUGUUGUAAUUAACAAUUGCAACACUUGGGAGACACUCUGUCUGGCUUUCUGAGAGACUGUUUUGAGCUACAUGUUUUUAAUGUUUAACAGACAAUUGUAUUUUAAUAUUUUGUUGGAAGCCGGUCAGAGUGGCUGAGGAAACCCAGCCAGAUGGGCGGGGUAUAAAUAAAUUAUUAUUACUACUACUACAGAUCUAUCUAUACACAUCUCUACAAAUCAAUUUGUUACAAGCCAAUCAGACUGGUAGUAUUUUGCACCUGCUUCAACCCAAUUUGGGCAGGAUGCAAAUUGGGCCAAAUAGGUUCGGAAAUCAGUCAAAUCUGGUUCACAGCCCUACAUACUAGUUUUGUCAUCUAAUCAGGGUUUAAAUUUGCACUUUAGCAACCCAGCGGGUUGGGGAGGGAAUAUGACCUGUAAAAUUUUAAAUGACCAAGGCCCAAGACCUGAGAGACUCUUACAGACACCUCCCUCUUACAGCUGCAUGCAAACUAAUUCACUUUCAGUAGAGAUAUUGUAUGCAGCUUAAUGGAUAUAUCUAUGCAUUGGAGAAAUGUCACUUGAAAUAAGGUGGAUUAUGCUGGCAGUAUUGUUCUCAACAGAUAACAACCCCUGCAGUUUCCAGACUCUUUCUAACUGCUCACCUAAACUCUAACAUGCUCUUGCACUGCACAUUCAGGCUUAUCGUAAAAAGUUUGUUGACCAGUGGAAGAAAAGCAAGCUUGAUGUUGUCCUUUGUCCAGUUCUGGGACCUGCCUUUAAUCUUAGAUAUCCCUCAAACCUAUUGGGUAAGCCUCAUUAUUCACAGAGUAUGUAUAUUUCAAUCACUUUUUCUUUCCUUUUGUAAUAAUUAUGAAGAUUCUUGAAUAUCUGUCAAGAAAUAGGAGAGUUCUGAAGUAAGACUGGACUUGCAGUUAGGCCCAGAAUCUGUUUUUGCCUUUCUCCAUUAUAAGCCAAAUGGAGAAAUAGCAGCACAGAGGCAGUGUAGCUAUUCCUGAUUUUCUGGCAUGGGUCUGUAAACUGGGCCUCGUUUUCACUAAUGUGGCUAACCUGUUACCACUUCAGGCUGUAGCUUGGGGAUAGUUUUCUUUCUUUGUAUGUGUCGUUACUUCUUGGAUUCCAUCAGACCGCUUCUUCUGCAUAUUCUUUUCCUCCAGCUGCCAUCUCGUAUACCAUGCUGUACAAUCUUUUGAACUUUCCUGCUGGAGUUGUGCCAGUCACUACCGUUACAGAGGCUGAUGAAGAGGAGCUGGGACAGCACCAAGGACACUUUGGUGACCCCUGGGAUAAGAGACUGAAAGAGGUCUGUCUGGAUUUAAGCGGUUCAAAUACAUUGACUACUUCUUGGCUAUGGACUGAUAUAUAUAUAUUAUUUUGAAGCUGAUGAAUUGUAAAUUUUGGAUGACAUUCUACUACUAAUAAUAACACAUUUACUAUAUUCAUUAGCCACAUGUUGCGGCUGUAUAUGAGGAGAUUAUUCUGUAUUGCAACACAGGGGUUUGGAUUUAAGCGAUGUCUGAGCUGAACAUUUCAAGUUCAGUGGCUUUCAAAACUUGGAUUUUUAUGUCAAACUGUAUGAUCCCACAAUGUGGCAUUUGAUUUCAGAAUCGAACUUUGACAUCAACACCUGAAAUUGUCUAUUGCAUAAAUGAGUUAAGAUGCUAUAACAUAUAAAUUUAGUAAAUAAAUACUAUUGCAAAUCAUCUAUCAAAACUGUCCAAUACUAACUGCUAUAAGGGCAUGAAUGAUGCAAUGCCAUCAUCAUGUUCAGCUUUUUCAUAUCCCUCAUAAGCAACAUCCAAUGAUGUGGAAUUGAAAUGGAGAAACACUGAGCAUGAUGAUGACAUGCCCCACAUCUGCUGCAACUAAACAGCUACAGGAGAUGUGGAUUUGGGGUGGCCAUGCAUUUAAGGUAAUGUUGUUUGGACCUCGGUUGUUAAAUGGUGACUGCUAUAUGUUGCUUUGAAAUACUAUCUAGUACUGCAUGUCACCUGUGAAAUACUGCCACAUGUUUAUUACUACUGCACAAUCAUUGGGUGUCAGAUGAUGAUGCCAAAUGGCAAAUGUAUAUGCCCAGAGGAUAUUUGGAGAAGGAACAAUUACAAAAGGACAUUCAUUAUACAGUCGUACCUUGGAAGUUGAACAGAAUACGUUCUGGAAGUUCGUUUGACUUCCGAAACGUUUGACUUCCAAAGUGUGGCUUCUGAUUGGCUGCAGGAAGGUCCUGCAGCCAACUGGAAGCUGCAAAAGCCCUGGUGGACAGAAUGUUCGACUCCCAAGGCGUUUGGGAGCCGAGGUACGACUGUAUAGUGUUUUGAUGCAAAAUUGUUUCAGCUUUAGGUGAAAUACUGUGCAUGAGAAAUAGAGAAUCAUAGCAACAUCUCUCUAAUCCCAACUGACUGCUUCUGUCCUCUUUCUUUAAGGAAGGAAGAGUUUAUGACAGGAGACUUGAGACAAGAGUUGCAGGUCUAACAGCGGCAACAUUCAGGACUGUGUUCAUUUUGUAACAGGAAGGGGGUCAAAUUACAACAUUUUUAGGCAAAUAAUGCAAUCCUUAAAACUUGUUCAUUGCAUAUUAAGUGACUAUCAGGGCACAAAUGGUUGUCUGAAUCCAUCUUCAAGCAAAAGACAGGGGAUAGCAGCACUGGUGAAUUAUUUGGCUAACAGCCCAACUUGCCCUGAACAUUGACUACAGUUCAAUGUCAGAGAGCAGUCCUGAUGUUCCCUGUCCAUGCAGACACACAAUAGCAGCUUUAAAAAAAUGUAUUUUGGCCAAUAGCCCCCAAGGCAGCAGAGAGAGAGAGAGAGAGAGAGAGAGAGAGAGAGAGAUCAGGAGUCUACCCUUUGAUAGAUGGGCAAAGCUUGAUGAUUGACCCCAGCUUGUCUUCAGAGGGUGGUUUGUGAUCCUAAGUUUUCUGCCUUAUUAUGCAUGCGUACUUGGAAGUAAGUCAGUGGGAUUUACUUCAGAGGAAACAGGCACAGGAUCAGUGUGGAUCACUCUAGAAAGUUUGAGACCCAGAGCCUAAGCAUUCCCAGUAACUCUGCUCUUUGAACAUCUCUUGCAGGCUGUGAAAGGUGCUGUGGGGCUCCCUGUGGCAGUUCAGUGUGUGGCAUUACCAUGGCAGGAUGAAUUAUGCCUUCGUUUCAUGAAAGAGGUGGAGAUGCUGUCCCACCAAAGGAGACUGGAGAAAGCCAUGUGA